AUGACCGAUCCCUCUAAGCAGACAAGGCGCAAUUCCACCCGCACAGAAGCCUGGGCAGACACCCGAGGAGUUCGCAAAAGAGAUAAGCAAUUAUGCAAAAUCUCGGGCCUGCACAAGCCUGCUGCACAGCCAGAAGAGGCGGCGGACAGUAUGGAUGUGGCAGAGGAGAAGCCGAAGGAAGAAAUCAAGGAAGAAGCCCCGAAGGUGCAUGCUGCUCGACUGGGCAUGUAUGGUGUUAUGACGCGCGAGGUGUGUACGUGGCAGCCUGUGCGACUGCUGUGCAAGCGCUUUGGCGUCAAGGACCCGGUUCUGGCGGUCCCUGUCGACACCUCUGGGUCGUCGGCGGAGGUUAUGGAGCCUGAGUUCACAGCACAGCGUCAGCAGACGAAUUCACGGGGGCAAGUGCGGGAGCGACAAGUGGAGAAUGGGCGCUCUGGGAGUAGCAAGCGCGAUGUUGCGAAUAUUGGCAUGGGCAGGGAGAUGAUCAUUUGUUUGCGAGCGAUGAAUGAGAAUAGCGACGAGGAGAAGGAUCGCAUGGGCAAUAUUGAUGAGGUGGACGAGUCCCCUGCCGUCCUCUGCAACCGUCCAAACCAGGCCCAGAUGUCAAGCCACCACCAGCGAAUGGUAUCGGGGUCUAAACCGAAAGACACAGAGAAGAAGGAAAAGAAACCAAGAAACAGAAGAAUUCAAAGGGUGAUGAAGAUGGCGCAGAGUCAUUGUCGCUCACUGCUGCGCGUCAAAAACAACCGAGAUCAGGAUGGCGAGAGGUCGAGGAAGAAGAAACGGAAGGAUCGAGAAGGAAAUGUCAGGAUAGUGGACAGGAAAGUGAACCUCCUCGAGGCUCGUAAGAGGGUAACUGAUUUCAUGUAGUGCUAUAUACAUGUUCAAAUUCAAAAGUUAAUGUUUCCCGAGUAGCUGUGUUCCUUGUAACGCUUCACCAUGAUGUAAGUAUUGCCAUCGAUGUGCGGGUAACAUCGACUGCACUAUGGCCAUUGGAUGGAGGGGAUAUAUUCUGGGAGCUGUGAAAACACAAGUCGGAGGCAUGCACACAGUGCAGUCGAUGAAAGCGGUUAUGAC